AUGGAUCCAACGCGCGGGGAGUUCGCCUCCCUCCAAGCGCGCCUCGACACCUUCGCGGUGCCCAAGACGAAAUCGCGUCGCCCAUCUGCACGCGGCAAGAAAGCGGCUCCCAAAGCGGCUCUCAAAGGCGGAUGGCCGCUUGAAUUCCCGCGCCCCCAUGACCUUGCAUAUGCAGGCUUUCUUUUCAAACCCACCUCAGCGAGUCCGGACAACGUUCAAUGCUUCCACUGCCAGACACAGCUCGAUGGAUGGGAACCAAAUGAUGUACCAGCCUAUGAGCACCUCACACACUCUCCAAACUGCGGCUUCGCUCUGAAUCUGUGCAUACGCCUGAGGGAUGGAGAUCCAGGUCGCAACGAGGAGGAUCCGCUUAGCGGCCGCAUGAUGGACGCGCGCAGGGAAACCUUCCAGGAUCUCUGGCCUCUAGACAUCGCAGCAGGCUACCCGAGCGUUGAGCAGAUGGUUGAAGGCGGAUGGUACUUCGAUCCCAGCGACGAUCAGCCCGAUGGCGCUACAUGCCCUUACUGCAGCCUCUCCCUUGACGCAUGGGAUAUUGGCGAUGAUCCGACUGAAGAGCAUCGCAAGCGCAACGACGACUGCCUUUUCUUCACACUUAAAGAGUACUACCAUCCUGUGCAAAUCCAGAAAUCGAAGGCUGCUCGCAGCAAACGGUCAUCUACCAGGUCUUCAACAGCCAGCACAAGAACGAAGAAAAAUACACGCACCAAGAACGGGGUUGCCAAAGAUGAUCUUAACCAACCACUACCACCCGCACCAGACGAGACGAUGAUGAGCUCGAUCAUCGCAUCGUUCCCAGAUCCUGCCAGUGCCUCGAUGAUGUCUGUUUCGGCGCCGGUACCUCCAGCGAAAAGGGGCCGUAAAGCGAAAAAUGCUUCUACGGCAGACGACACGAUGUCUUUGGUUGCCGACUCGUUUGCCGGUGGCGCUGGACUUUCCAUGAUUUCUAUUCCUCCCAAAGCACCGCCAGCAAAGAGAGGCCGCAAGCCCAAAAAUUCGUCCAUAUUGGACGAGGCGCCGAUACAAUCGCUUGGCGAGUCGUCUAUCGAGCCGCCUGCAAUUCCAGAGACAUCAGCGCCCGCUAAAGCGGCCGCGAAGAAGGGACGAAAACCAAAGGCUGCCGCAGCACAAGUUUCAACAGUAGCAGAGUCUUUUGCCGAGUCGUUUAAAGGCUCAGUUGCGUCCACAAUGUCUAAAGCACCAACGAAGGCACGCCGGACCAGGAAAGCCGCAAAGCGCGCUUCCACCGUAUCAACUAUGUCGACAACACGCACUACCCGUGGCACGAAGCGCAAGAGUGAGGAAAUAGAGGUGGGAGUGGAAGCGGCAAUAGAUGUGGAAGUCGAGGAGCGUAGGCCAUCCCCGAAGCGCACCAGGAUCAGCGAUAUCUCAUUGCCACAGUUCGAAUCAACACCUGCGCACACACCCAAGGAGUAUCGACAGGAGCCGAUCAAGAGUCCAGCUUCGCGCUUCAACAAUGCAACCCCUAGAACGGCUCGGGUCCAGCAGAUGCUCAAGAGUCCCGGCCCAGCAUCCGCCCGCAGUCCGCUAGCCGUAAGAAGCCCUAUACGCGCAGAACCGCAGACGCCUGAGGAGCCUCAGACUCCUGAAGCCGUACCCUCUUCGGCAGUGAAGUGGAAUCCUAUUAUCAUUUCCAACAUCGUUGCCGAUGCAGGUCUCGAUAAAGAAAACAUGGACAUCGACAUGGGCGAUACAACGGAAAAUAUCACGAAGGCUAUUUUGGCUACUCUAACAAGCCCCGAGAAACGCAUGACAAUCGAGGAGUUCGUUCUGCAUAAUGCUAAGCGUGGCGAGGAGAAGCUAAGGAGAGAGUGUGAGCGUCAGAUCACUGCGUUCGAGGCUGAGGGCCGUCGAGCAUUGGCGACGUUAGAUGCUUACUAG